AUGGAAGACGUUGAUCGUUCGCUGACUUUGCUGCAUUUGCGUAAGACGUUUAGCGAGUAUUGCAGGAUGCCAUUAAGUGGUUCAAAAGAUGGAGAUCGGAAAUUUGACCGCGUGCUUCCACUCUUUGGAAGGGUUAUGGUAAUGUAUCCAUCCCCAGAAGAAAUUGUCGAUAAAUUCAAAGAACUGUGUGCGUUUACGGGUCAUCUGUGUCGUCAACUUGUACAAGAAAUACGCCUAAGGGCCGCAAAUGAAUGCACUCAGUUGGCAGCUUCUACUAUUUUAAAUUUUCUACUACCAGAUGUUGCUGAUUGUCGCGGCUGGACGUUAUUGAAUGCAGCUUGCUAUCUUAGUUACACGAAACAGGAACAGGUCAUUGAAGUGAUGUGUAAAGCGGCUUUGCCUUCUACUUUGGUUAAAACACUGUAUUUAUUUUUCGAUUUACCCCCUGCCGCUAAUGGAGAUGUCACAUUAUCCAAACAAAAACUUCUUGUGAUUUUCCAAAAAAUUUUGAAGAAGUUAUGUGAAUUCAAUUGUGUCGGUGAAGAGCUUACUCGGAAAGAUGAUUUAUUCCUUCUUUUUGCCGGCGCUUCAUGCGCAUGUCCCGCGGAAAAUGUUGAAUGGAGGGAAGCUGUAUCUCAUUUACUUGUAGUAGUAAUCUCAAGAAGCUUGUCCUCAUCUGUGACGAAAUAUAUUCAUGCCAAAAAUUGUAUAUCAGUAUUUUUAUCAAAUAUAUGUAAGGAGGAUGAAAACUUGUUGGAUCAGGAACGCAUCGGAAUGUUUAUUUGUUUGCUCUCUGUUUUGAAGGACUCUGCGACCACUGUGAACGUUCUAUUGCAGGAUUUUUCCCGUGCUAAUGGUUAUCUUUUAUUACGGGACUUUAUUUUGAAAUAUUCAGAGAAUAAAGAACUAGAAGAAGGUAUUAAAAAUAUCUUGUUAUUAAUAAUGAGUAUGACAACGUGUGGUAUUGCUGAACUGAAACCGAAUUAUACACCGGGAUUGAUUAUACUUCCAACUUUUAAUCUUCCAAUUCCUUCAAAUAAUGGCCUUACAUUACGCAAUGUCGAUGCAUUUCACCUCCUUUUUCAAAUUUUUAUACAAUGUAAAAAUGAACGAAUAUGCGAGGCAGUUGUUGAUGCUGUUCAUAAUAUUUAUGCUUCCGAUGCGGUUAAUUACUUCAUUGCGGAUAACGAUUGUUCAUUAUCUCAAAUAAUUGAACGAAUGGGGCCAAAGCCCCCCCAAAUACAGCGAAAAGUUAUGGAACUUGUUGAGUAUGUGGUGUUGCAUUUAAGUCAUAUUCCAUGUAAAGAGCUUAUUGCGCUAAGUGUUCUUCUGAAAACAGAAAUAUCUGAUAAUCGUCUUGAAUUCUGUGUACUUUUUCUACAAAGUGCUUUCAGAAUAUUGUCUGCCAAUGCGCUUCUAAAAGAUGCUUUUCGUGAAGUUGGGCUAGUUGAGUCGCUGACUUGGACAGUAUUGCAUUUCAUAUCAACUGAAAGAAGUCGACCCCUGUCUGAAAGUGAAGGACGAGUUGCCUUGUUGAGCACUGAUAUACUUACUCUUCUUGUCAGCAGCAAUCUUGCUAAUGCUUGUGUGUUCCGUGAAAAUGCAGGUUCGAAAGCAAUCAUCGACCUUAUUUGUAGCGAUAACGAUGAGUGGAGAGCUUCUGCAUUACAGCUCAUGAAGCAGCUUCUGAUAUCCGGUCAAAGUGAAGAACAACUCACAGCUCUACUCCUUGUACUUCAUACUUCGACACUUGAUAACAUGGCUUUGAAAGCAGUUUUGUUAAAGUCUCUUCUCUGUGCUUUACGUGAAAGUCAUAAAGUCCGUUUGAUGUUUCGACGCAGCGGUGGAUACUUGUCUCUGAUAUCUCUUUUGAUCAGCCUCGAGGGGAAGCUGAGCAGUAAUACGGAAGAAACGGUCCCGGAAGUGUUUCUUGCCAAAAUUACCAACCUUCUGAGGUUUACAGAAAUCAUUUUCAAGGUACUGGCAAUAAGCAUGAGAUAUGAGCCAUCCAACUCAAAAUAUUUUUCGCGCGAGGUGACGUGGGAUAAUUUAUGUCUGGCUUUACGAGUCAGUGGAGCUUUUAUGAAAGAUGUCGAGAAAGUCGAUGCAGAGCAUGUCAUAUGGCAAGCUGAAACAUCAGAAAUUCAAAAUAAAGUUGAGACAUGCCACAAAAUGUUUGAUUUCAACGGACCUUUCAAUAGUGGUUGCACACCACCUGAUAAAAUUCCGACUUCAAUAUUUAUUGCUUUGUCGAUGAUGCGGUUUUUGGUCAGCUUAGCUCUUGACAGUUAUGAAAAGCCUGAGGCAGUUUGGCCAUCAAGUUUGGAUCCAGUAACUGGCGACCAAUGUUCUUCUCUUGCAUCCUGGACAGCAGGUGUACUUGUCCAUCCUGGUGCGCUAAUUUCUGUCUUGCAUCUCCUUCCCGCAAUACAGUCAUCGACAUUUCAGUGGGCUGCAGCAGCUCAAUAUUACUGCGCUCUUCUUAUCAAGGCGCUUUUGCGACCGGAAAGAAACCAGCAAAUUAUGUGCCAGUCAAACAUGGCACACAGUAUCUUGAAGAUUGGCGUUGAUGUUUUUAAAAGCGAAAAACACCUCAUGCUUGCACCAUUUUAUUACAUCCUGGAGCGACUUUCAUCACAUGCAAUAACUCCGUCCGAUUUAAGGUCUUUUUUACGUCUUGAUAUGCCGCUUUGUUGUCGAAAUUUGGAUGAGACAGAAGACGAAGAACCAAUGACGGAUGAUGAGGGUGGUCCUAUUCCCAUCGCAAGGGUAAAAGCGCUGGUUUCAAUGAUGACACCGCGUGACCAUCGAAUAGCUCAAAAUCCAUCAUUUGUGGAAUUUGAUAUGGCACCUGAAGGUUUUGCAUGUCUUGUAAUUCCAUCUGUAGCACCACUUUCAACAGAUUUCGGAAUUGGGCAUGGUGAACGGAUAUUUCCUCCUCUAAAUGGUUUAACAGUAAUGAUGUGGCUUUUUGUGGAGCAGUUCAGUGAUAAGAGAAUCGAUCCACACCCUAUACGCUUACUCACAAUUUAUCGUUCAUUUAAUUCAUCUAAAAAGGAAGAUGGUUUAAAGCAGAAUCUCUCACUUGUUUGUCUUUCGGUGCAGCUAAGUUCCAUCGAUCAUUCACUCCUAAUUUGUACGGCCGAAAGUGAAACUACUGGUAACGACCUUGAGAAGGAACGAAAUAUUGCGGAUGAAAAUCUUAUUCGCAUUGCAUUAGGAGAUUCAAUAUGUAUUGGACAGUGGACCCAUAUCGCUGUAGUAUUAACCAGAUCUGUUCUUAAACAUAGCCAGGCAGCCAUUUACAUUAAUGGUCGGCUGGAAGGCACUUACAAACUACAUUAUAUCAUCCAGAAUGUUGGUGGUGGUGCGGCUCAUUUGUCUUAUGCUAAUGGCGUCCAUGCUAUUAUUGGCACACCACCAGCCUAUCGAUCACAGAGCAGGCUGUGUUUCAAAAUUGCUACUUUUGUCGUAGUCGAAGAACCAAUGAGCGCAGAAGCAAUAAUUCGAAUAUAUGAUUUGGAACCUCAUUAUAUUGGGAAUUUCCAAACGGUAUCCGGCGAUACCCCUUUUAUUGCAGAGGAGCGUAUUUGUUUAUCUUUAUCGGCUGUGGCUAAUAAAGAAUUAAGCGCUUCACGAAUUGGUUCAAUAUAUAGCAAGGCAGAUAGUGCGUUCAUUGCACGUUACAUUGGUGUUUCAAUUCAUGACAGAAGCACGCCCUUACGGGUUCUUCUCAAUACCGUUACACACGCAGCAGGACCAGCACGAUCCUUUGGAGCAGUACUUCUUGGAUACCUUGGAAUGCGGUUGUUUACACCGUGCCCAGUAACUCGACUGUUGGACUGCGUGGGAGGUAUAUCUUGUCUGUUUGGUCUCGUAGCAAUGGCAACAACAUCCCAAGAAUUAUACGCAUCAUUAAAAGCUUUGACGACUGCUGUAAGGACGGAUAAAAUUACAUCGAGACACCUGAUCAGUACGAGAUCUUAUCAGAUUCUUGCGAUGCUUCUGGAAGGAAAAACCGAACUUCUUAAUUCACAUAUUCUUCACUUAAUUUUAUCUUUGGUUGGCACAUUGGAUACCAGCAAAGACACAUCUAUUAUCCCGAAUCUUUCGGUUUUUGAAGAUAUGUUAUGCGAUUUAGAUGUUUGGAAAGACGCUAGCCCUGACCUUAAUAGACUGCUUUAUGAACAUUUCUAUGAAUUAAUCACGGACCAGAACAGUGAGAACCUGAAUAUGAUACGCCGUAGCUCACUACCAUCCCGUCUUCUUAUUCGACUGUUUGACCAUCCGAAUCUUAUUUUUGCUGUUAAUGAUAUUGUUUUCAAUCUUCUUGCUGCACUUUUGCAACCUCCUGCCGAUAAUUUGCUGCUACUAAAAGUUGGUCAGCUGAUAGCUGGAACUCUUCCAAUGCCUGGUUCGGAUCAAGAUGAAACGUCAUAUGCAUUCUCGAUAACCGAUCUGCAAGCAGCUCUGUUUGCCAAUAAACAUUCAUCGCAUUUUGAUCGUCUGCUUUAUGAUAUUUAUGUGCGCAAUCGUAUUCUCAACAUAAUAGUAAACACUUUGGCGCAUUCAAGUGUAAACAGCAACUUCCUAUUAUGUGACUUAGUCGUUAAAACACUUGGUUUCGAUUGGGUGCUGGCUCUGUUUACGCCAGGUGUCCAUUAUACAACCGUUGUACUUGGUCUACGUAUUCUUCUUGCGUUGUUGAAACACGAUCAUCUAAUGCAGAAAUUCAAGGAAGGCUCAGCAAAUGGUGGUUGGUUAACAGAUGCGGACUCAUUUGUUCGCAACAGAGCUGCGGUUUUACUUGGUUUCUCCGUGUCAGCUUACGGGGGUAAUGUAGGGGCACAUGUUGAUAUCAAUCCAGAACUCUCUGAAUGUGGCGGUUUUAUAAUGCUUGAACACUUGCUUCACUUCCACUACGAGAAACCGCAAUGCUAUUUGGCGAUGUUGGCAUUAUUAGUUGGCCAACCAAUAUCAAGCAUCACACUUGUGGAUAAUUUUUCUCUUGAUUUCAUUUGGUCCCAUGUUUUUGGUCUUUCUUUGUCAAGUUCUGUGUCUGAGGCCGUUUCUGGCAUAGAAAUUUGUUGCGAGGCAGUUAUACCUCUGCUGUCGAUGGUUCGAGCUGCAGUUCAUGCCAACGAUGAGUCAUCCCACGAUGAUAACAGAUUGGCAUAUUCUUCUACGGUGAUUCAGAUGUUCACUUUUUUAUACCAGAACUGUCCCAAUUUUUGCAAUCUUUGCCACACAGAAGAAUUCAUAACUUAUCUAUUUUGUGUUCUUGUACCUCUGGAUGUCAUGGAAUCAAGCACAGUCAAGGAUGAAAAUUCGCUUUCACCACCAUUCUACGACAUGCAUGUUGUUCUCGAAGAAAGUUGCUGUCGAAGUGUUUCGGACCUAAUAAAGCGGAUUUUAUAUGAAGAUAUAUAUCGGAAUCAUGGUGCCAAGCCGGAUUCUUUAGUAGAUGCAUUAAUCGAGAACAUUCCUGAAUAUGGUUGCGCCCGUCGAUUUUGUACUUUUAUGCUUUCCGAAAACUUAUCUUUGUGCAUGGAGUACAUGAUUGCCACUGAUGUUCUACUGGAGUCUGAAAAACCAAGCACUGCAGCAACAUGCGGGACUUCGGCUGCAAAUUCUGUAGUUUUACUUGCAAAUUUUGCUUAUUUUGCUUCCAGGAUUGUUGACUGCGUUUGGAGUGGAAUUUACGUUGGGGAAGCAAGUCGUGUUCUUAGUUUCUUAUUGAAAGGACUUGCUCUUACUCGACGUAACGAUCCGAAAUCAAUUUCUUACGAUUCGCUUAUGCAGUCGCUUGAUCGGACCAUUUUAUAUCUCUUGAGUAGACCCAUUGACAGUGUCAACGUGCAAAUGUCGAUUCUGAAUACGCUGUCGGAAAUCAUCCAGCAUCGUAGCGUCAUACUGUCUCCAGCACACAAUGAUUCUUUGUUUUUCGGCUCUCUCACCCACCUUUUAUUUAUGCUUUCCGUCACACCGGACAUCCUUCCAAAAAAGGAAGGAUCAUCAAAUCUUGAUCGUGGAAGUGCUCAGGUUGCCUUAUAUGCUUCGCAGGUGUGGAAGGAGGUUUGUGCAGUGAAACGGAAUCUUCUAGAAGACGUUUUUCGGAGUGGUUUUGUUGCAGAAUUAAAUGCAGCACGUGCUUUAUUGUCGCAUGCUGCUAGUCUCCAAUGGCUAUCAUUUGUUGAUUCGCAAAUGAAUUCUUCGCCAAAAAGUGCUAUGCAAUUUCAACAACAGAUACAGUCGAGGAUCACGAAAGUUGCUACCGGUUUGCAACGUUUGGCUACCCGCAAAACACUGAGCAGUUCUAGUUCAGUCUGCAGCUUUACGUUCUCGCGACAGCCAAAUAUCACUACAGAGGUAGUUCAAAUGUGGCUGCGUGUGCACAUAUCGUUAAUCAGAGAACUUGUUCGCACGCAAUGUCUGUGCUAUCAUGAAUGGCAUUCACAUGUACAAAAAUGGUGCAUGCAAGACUGGCGUUCUCUUGAAAUGGAAUUGAUAAGGGAGCGUGGAAUUUGGGGAGCAGAACUUGGUUCUUCUUUGGAUAAAUAUAUGUUAGAUAUGACUGAAGGACCUUGCCGCAUACGACGAAAGUUGAUUCCAAACCCAACUUUCUAUCACCAUUAUCCCUAUCGUCCACAUCUUGAUUCUCCUGAAGCGAAAGCCAUGCGUGCUAAAGUAGCGGUAUCAAAAGAUAGCAAGCUGUAUUAUGCAGCUAUAAAGCGGCGGCGUGGGAAAAUUCCAGAACCAAAAAUCAUCGAUUUAUCGUCAACGAUUUUUACCCCAUCUGAAGAAUGUUCGGAUUCGCUUUUUACUGACAUGCAAGAGAUCAGUACGUCAAUGAUUCGUCGCGUAUCGAUCAAGCAUGCUCUGAGCAAAGACAGCGAUGAAACGGAAUGUGUUGUAAAUGAGAAAGAUGUAAACGAAGCGGAAGAGGAAAAUAUUGAAGAAAAUAGUGUAGACGAAGAGCAUAGUAUUGAGCGACAGCAAGCAACAAACGAGCAGAAAAAUGGUACCCAAGGAAAUGAAGAAAUGACUAUUAAAGCAAAAGAUGGAAGUAUAGAACGAAAAAGAGGACCGGAUAAUCAGACUUUGCUGAGGCUUCUAGAACAGGGUGAGCAACUCCAUUCAAUGUUCCGCUGUGCACGUGUGCAGGGUUUGGAUACAAGUGAAGGAUUGUUAUUAUUUGGAAGACAGCAUUACUAUGUUGUUGACGGAUUCACACUUCUGAAAACGAGAGAAAUCAGGGAUUUGGAUUUUCUUCCGCAAGAAUUGCAUGACCCCAUCAUACCGUACAUGGCCUGUGGCACAAGUCAUCCUGUGCGACGCAUUAGAUUAUGCAGUAAAUUUUCAUACAAUGAUAUUCGUGAGGUUCAUCGACGUCGCUAUCUUCUUCAACCAAUUGCUAUCGAAGUAUUCUCAGCAGAUGGGCGUAAUUAUCUGUUGGCUUUUCCCAGACGUAUGCGUAAUCGGGUUUAUCAAAAAUUUUUAUCGCUAGCAAGAUUACUGAAAGACAGCGGAUCCGAAUCUGUAGGUGGACAGAGGUCGACUGCACCAGUGGAGCAAACAAGUCGUGUUUCAUUAUUGACCUCAUUAAUAGGGCAGCAGUCUGUUACGCACCGUUGGGUACGAGGAGAAAUCAGUAAUUUUCAGUAUUUGAUGCAUCUGAAUACUUUAGCUGGUCGGUCUUAUAAUGAUCUUUCUCAGUAUCCUAUAUUUCCUUGGAUAUUACGAGAUUAUGAAUCAGAGGAUCUAAAUCUGACAGAUCCACGUUUCUUUCGUGAUUUGAGUAAACCAAUGGGGGCACAGAAUCUAGAACGUUUGGAACAAUUUCUAAAAAGAUAUCGAGAGUGGGAUGAUCCAACUGGUGAAACGCCUGCAUACAUGUAUGGUACACACUACAGCAGUGCUAUGAUCGUUGUUUCAUACCUUGUACGUCUGGAACCUUUCACACAGCAGUUUCUAAAGCUUCAGGGUGGCCAUUUCGAUUUGGCUGAUCGAAUGUUUCACAGUGUUGGUGAUGCUUGGCUUAGUGCAAGUCGUAAUAAUAUGGCAGAUGUAAAAGAGUUAAUUCCUGAAUUUUUUUCGCUCCCUGAAAUGUUUCUUAACUCAAAUCACUUUGACUUUGGUGUCAAGCAGAAUGGUGUAGCGCUGGAUGAUGUGAUACUUCCAGCUUGGGCAAAAGGUGAUGCCAGAGAAUUUGUACGUAUGCAUCGACAGGCACUGGAAUGUGAUUACGUAUCAGCAAAUUUGCAUAACUGGAUAGAUUUGAUUUUCGGCUACAAACAACGCGGAGAUGCUGCAACUGAAGCGAAUAAUGUUUAUCAUUAUCUUUUUUAUGAAGGAAAUGUUGAUUUCGAUAGUAUUGAAGAUCCACUAACAAGAAGUGCGACCAUUGGAUUUAUCAAUAAUUUUGGGCAAAUUCCAUCGCAGUUGUUCAAAAAACCGCAUCCACAGAAAAAAGUUACAUAUGCAGAUAUUUAUUCAUCAACUCCAGGCGUUACAACACAGCGACUUUUUUAUCACUCUUUUGAUUCACUGAAAGUACCAGCACAACCAAUGAAAGAGUUAAAAUCAACUGUUGGGAGCUUAAUUCCACUCGAAAAAGGUGGAGUGCUUGCCCUGGAAACAAAUCGUGCACUACUUUUACCAAAUCGUUAUAUAUCUUGGGGCUUUCCUGAUAGAAGUAUAAGGAUUGGUGCCGUUGACAGUGAUCGGUCAACUUGCAUUUAUGAGAUGUGCGAAAGCGCCGAAAUUACUUGUUGUGCAUGUGGUGAUCCACGGACGGUUUUCACCGGUUCCAGUACAGGUAAAGUUUGUGUUUGGGAUUUGACGGAACGACAUCCUCGCAUUCGCUUUCGUCGUACAUUAACAGCACAUACAGAGGCAAUCACUUCACUAGUUGUAUGCUCAGCACAAACUUUGCUUGUGAGUGGUAGCCGUGAUGGCACUGCUAUCGUGUGGCAUUUGAGUGCAUUAACAUUCAUUCGACAAUUACGACCCCAUCCGUCCGCAGUGACAGCUGUUGCUAUAAAUGACACAACGGGGGAUAUACUUACAGCAUCGGGAUCGACACUGUUCCUUUGGUCAAUCAAUGGACGACUUCUCUCUGUAGUUGAUAGUGUUGAUCCAGCUUCAUUCGAUCAAUUUCCUAAUGUCAUUUUAUCACUGGCAUUUUCCACGCUAUACGAAUGGGAUCCAGAAAAUGUGGUUAUGUGUGGCGGUAGUGAUGGCAUUGUACGAAUAUACUGCUUGGAGUUUGUGAGAAAUGAGGAUGACUUAGAUCCAAGAGCAAGUCGAUUACCAGCAACAUUGCAAACAAAUAUAAACAGUGCGACUACUCUACAACGACACCUUGAACGACAACGACAACGUUUAAAGUUAUUAUCGUUAGCAGCAAGUUCAUCGGAUACUCCCUCUACUGGAAAUCAAACUGGUUCACCGGAGCCACUUUUCGAUCCUUCUAUUAAUUUGUACGAUGUCGAUGAAAAGUUGGAUUGUAGUUGGAAAUUGCAAGAAGGAGAAACUAAUCAUUCGGAAAAGUUGGUUUGGAAGAAAUUAUUGGUACCGAAAUUUUCAUUGACAACUCAUACAGCUUUUAAUCGUAAGGAUAAUCCACAUCCUGCCUCGAUUACAGCGAUCACACCAUCGAGAGAUCAUCGAACUCUGUUUGUUGGAGAUAGUGUUGGUCGCGUUUGGAGCUGGCAGAUUGGUGAUGAAGUUGGUGCACGUGCGGAUCACUGGGUACAAGAUCCGAGUAGAAAUUCAUGCACACAAUGCAUGCAAAAAUUCUCGCUUGCGGAAAGGCGGCAUCACUGUCGAAAUUGUGGGCAUAUUUUUUGCAACCGGUGUAGUCGGUUUGAAACUGAUAUAAAACACAUGAAAAUUUCGAAACCGGUACGUGUUUGCCAGAGUUGUUUCUUACGUUUAAAAGCAGAAGGAGUGUCCUAA